GUGAGAACUUGCGUUUAGUAGCAAGUGACUUGGUCAAAAGGAACUUUUUUGUUAUUCCUGCUUAACGCUUUGAGACAUAAGGAAAAGUAUCCAGAAUGAGUGUGGAUUAUAUUGAAUAUGACGAUUACACUCCCAACAAUGAAACUGAGAAUAACAUCACCAUAGAUGGAAUACAUUCCAGCAGUUCUCAGACUUCUUUGACCGUCUUUCUGGUGACAGCCAAUAUCAUUAUAUGUGUUAUGGGCCUUGGAGGAAAUGCAUUAGUGAUCUGGAUCUGCGGAUGGAAAAUGAAAAGAACGGUUGUCAACACCUGGUACAUCAGUCUGGCCAUUUCAGACCUGAUGUUCUGUGCCAUUCUGCCCCUGGAAGUAUACUACACGAUCACCUCACAUUGGCCUUUCGGACUGGUUUUUUGCAAGCUUACGUCCUCUGCCCUGUUUCUGAACAUGUACAGCAGUGUGUUUUUGUUGGUCUUAAUCAGCACUGACCGCUGUAUAAUGGUUUCAUUUCCUGUUUGGUCACAAAACCACCGGACAGUGACAAAAGCAUUUGGAGCUGUCAUCCUCAUGUGGGUCCUUUCUGGCUUCAUGACAUUGCCCUCACUCAUCGUCAGACAAACCAAAGUCCACGGCUCUGUCACUCAGUGCUACACGGGUUACAUGAGCCAUUCAAGACACAAGGCAGUUGUGCUGACUAGAUUUAUCUGUGGGUUCCUGUUUCCUAUCUUGAUUAUUGUAUUCAGCUGCUUGGUGCUUUGUGUGAAGUUGAAAAGUUUGACCAUGAAAUCAACAAAGCCGUACAAAGUCAUAGCAGCGCUCAUAGUGUCAUUUUUCUGCUGCUGGGUCCCCUACCACACCUUUGUUCUGUCUGAGUUAGAUUUGGAGAACAACACAGUGGAAGUACUUAACACUGGGCUGAAAGUAGGGGCAACUCUGGCUGCAGCAAACAGUUUCAUGUCCCCACUUCUGUACGUGUUCAUUGGUAAUGACUUUAAGCACACUCUAAAACGGUCUUUCUCAUCAAGGAUAGAGGAGGCAAUGGCAGAAGAUUUGCGUACAGGUGGUUUCACUCACUCACGAUCAAAGGUGAUGGAAAUUGCCUAAUUAAACUUAAAAUCUU